AUGGUCAAACUCCAAGCGGCAACGGUCAGCAAUCAGCUGGUCUCGAAAAAGAAACGGAAGAGACAAUCCGAGGACGAUGGAGGAGAAGAGGUGGAAGCUCUUCCACCAGCAGAGGCGGAACCGGCGACCACGACUAUCCCGACGAAGACGCACGAUGGCGGCAAGAAGCCUCGUCGAACGGCGAAGGGAGAGAGGCCAGCCCUCUCGCGCAACAACUCUUCGAAUCUUGUUGAGUCUCAGAUCCCAUGGCCGCUCGAGUUCACCAAGCUAUCGCAAACACACAAGGCGCUUAACCUCGUCUACACCUUCUGCUGUACGCGGAAGCACUUCGCCACGACGUUCGAGAACCUCAAGGGGGCGGUGGAGGCAAACAUCAAGCGGGAACUGAAGAUUGAGGACAUUGCAAAGAUCAGGACGCUCAUACCGAAGGCAACGACGUUUGAGUAUGUGGACGAGCAGAUGCUGCAGGUCGCACUCAUGGGCGAGGAGGAUCUGCGAGGGAAGAAGAGCGUGCACGACAUGUUCCCGUCCAACCCGGCAGAGGAGCGCAAUAAUAGGAGUGGAAUGGGCAGAGAUGAUCACAAUGAAGUCUUGCUGUUUGAGUUUAUCGACGGUGAUCUCAAGCGACAGGUUCAGCACGCAAAGACCGGCGAGGCGGUCAACCCAAGACAAAAGUUGCGCCAGGAGGAUCUCAAGAUGCCGGUCUUUAGCCAGAAGCAGAUGAUGAAGUUGAUCGAGAAGAGGAAUGUCAAGUUCACGUCUGCGAUCAACGUCUGGUUGAAUGAGUCGGUGGAACUGGGCACUGAUCCGUUGCUGCGGCUGGAGGAUGAACAUAGGCCAUACGUGCCGAUGCCGACCACCAGUCGUGAUGGCACACCUCUGCCAGAUCUGUCGAAAAGCGCCCUGCCGAAGAGCAUUCCUACGGAGCGUGAGACCAUACCUGAGAUCAUCACUGAGCUCAAAGGCCUGGAAUGGUACAGCGGGCAGAUAGUGCCUGACGGUCACCGUGUGUUCGAUCCGCAACAGCCAGUCUACGGUCAACUGAACUUUGCGCUUUCGCAAGACCUGGUCAACGCCAUGUACAACACGCGUGGCAUCCAAUCGCUCUAUAGCCACCAAGCAGAAGCCAUCAAUGCUCUCCACGAGGGCAAGAAUGUCAUCGUGUCCACCUCCACGUCUUCAGGCAAGAGUUUGAUCUACCAACUACCAGUCCUCAAUGCGUUGGAGACCGAUCCUCACACGCGCGCCAUGUACAUCUUCCCAACCAAGGCGCUGGCGCAAGACCAACGACGCAGCUUGAAAGACUUUCUAAGCUAUCUUCCUGGCCUGGAAGGUGUUCUGUGUGACACGUUCGACGGCGACACUCCGAUGGAUGAGCGCAAUUACAUCCGCGACGAAGCUCGCAUCAUUUUCACAAACCCAGACAUGCUCCACAUCACCAUUCUGCCGCAAGAAGAAGGCUGGCGGACGUUCUUGAAGAAUUUGAGGUAUGUGGUUGUAGAUGAGCUGCACGUCUACAAUGGCCUGUUCGGCGCACAUGUCGCCUUAAUCAUGCGCCGGUUACGCAGGAUAUGUGCAGCGAUUGGGAACAACAAGGUCAAGUUCAUCUCUUGCUCUGCUACGGUCGCUAACCCUCAGGAGCAUAUGCGUACCAUCUUUGGCCUGGAGGAUAUCACACUUGUGGACUUCGAUGGCAGUCCGUCUGGCCGGAAGGAGUUCCUAUGCUGGAACACACCUUUCAAGGACCCGGGCGAUCCCACGUCAGGCAGAGGCGAUGUCAAUGCAGAGACCGCGAGGCUAUUCUGUCAAUUGAUCUUACGAGGCGUUAGAGUGAUUGCAUUCUGCCGGAUACGAAAGCAGUGUGAGAUUCUCACCACAGCCGUCAAGAAUGAGCUGCAAGCUCUAGACCGAAGCGAAGUGAUGGCGAGAGUGAUGGCCUACCGAGGAGGCUACACGCCACAGGACCGACGACGCAUAGAGAAGGAGAUGUUUGACGGGAAGCUGAUCGGCAUCAUUGGCACGAACGCUCUCGAACUUGGUGUCGAUAUCGGGAGCUUGGAUGCGGUGCUCUCUGUCGGUUUCCCGUACACGAUCGCCAACCUACGGCAGCAGAGCGGUCGAGCGGGUCGCAGGAACAAGGACAGCUUAAGCGUGCUGUACUUCAUGAGCAACCCGGAUGAGAUCUUCACGAAACCGAACUGCGAGCUCCAAGUCGAUCUGACCAACAUGCUCGUGCUGGAAGGCCACAUCCAGUGCGCAGCGUACGAGAUGCCUAUUCGACCAGACGAGGAUGACAAGUACUUCACCAAGCAGCUGAGCGAGAUCUGCGAAGAGCGCCUGCGGAAGGAUGAUCUCGGCUUCUACCACACAGCUGCGCGCUUCCUCCCCCAUCCCAGCAGAACAGUAGCCAUCCGAGAUGUGGAAGACACGCACUUCGCUAUCGUGGACACCACCGGCGGCCGCAACACUGUCUUAGAAGAGCUCGAAGCGAGCAGAGCCUUCUUCACCAUCUACGAAGGCGGCAUCUUCCUGCAUCAAGGCCGCACGUACCUCAUUAAGGAGAUGAGCACCGAGCGUAUGAUCGCGAAGGUGGAGUACGUGAAGGUGGACUGGACGACGCAGCAGCGCGACUACACGGACAUCGACCCCGUCGAGACGGAGGCCAUUCGUCGCAUACCAGAUAGCUUGAGCCGAGCGUUCUUUGGCGCGAUCAAGAUUAAGCAGGUCGUCUUUGGCUUCUUCAAAGUCGACAAGCGACGACGAAUCCUAGACGCGGUACAAGUGGACAACCCGCCCAUCAUCAUUCACAGCAAGGGCAUGUGGCUGGAUGUUCCGAAGAAAGCACUUGAGAUCCUGGACUCGAGACGGCUGAACAUCGCUGGUGCCAUCCACGCCGCCGAACAUGCCAUCCUGAGCCUGAUGCCGAACUUUGUCAUCUCGAUGCCCGGAGACGUCAAGACGGAGUGUAAAGUCGCCGUCAAGGAGUUCGCGAAGAAGGAAUCCCAGCGGAAGAGGCCAGCGCGACUUACCUUCUACGACGACAAAGGCGGGCAGCAUGGGUCUGGCAUUGCCGGAAAGGCCUUCGAGUUCAUCGAUCUGCUAUUAAAUCAAGCUUGCGAACGAGUGGAGGCUUGCUACUGCACGGAGGGAUGUCUGGAGUGCUGCUGCAGUGAAAGGUGCCGGGAAGCGAACGUGGUGAUGUCGAAGGCUGGGGCGGAGGUCAUUCUGAAGUCCCUGCUGAACCGGGAGAUUGAUGUCGACAACUUGCCUUGGGGACCAGAGGACGAGAGGGUGCCGGCGGGUAUUGAAACGGUUGUUGUGGCGUCUGAAGUCCGGCCGAGGCCUGGUACCACCGUCAAUGUGGUCGAGGUGAAGAGGGAAGGGGGUGGCACAAGAAGAGUUGUGGUGGGAGCGGAGGGUGGUCAAGGCGAUGCUGGUGACAGUGAAAAUGAUGUGGUUGUGAUCAAAGAUGAGCCUGUGGAUGAUGAUUGA